UUCCUGUCACCCUCCAAGUGUCGAUUUCGGGGCCAAAUUUCCUCCGUAAUUCGCCGUCAACUCCGAGGUUCAGUUCCAGUGGUAAUGCCAUCUGCCACUUCUGUUCUUCUUCCACAAAACGCAAUAAACAACCAUGGCUAAAAUGACAAACCCAGGAGCACUUCGUCCCCUUCGUUCUUAUUCCCAUCUCAAGCAGGACGCUGAAAAGCUCAAGAAAGGCAUCGUUUGUUCCUGUAAUAGCAUCCCAGAGCUCUCCUGUAAAUUAUGUCCCGGACGCAAAAUUUUACAAAGCGGAAGCGAUUCUCAGGCCCUGGCGAAUCCAGCAAGUUUCUUCGGUAAGACAGUAAGAGCUGAUGGAUCUUUAGAUGCUUUGCUGAAAAUGGGCAUUCGUGGUGUUACGGUUUCUGAUGUACGAGGCUUUGGGGCUCAAGGGGGUUCAGCAGAGAGACAUGGUGGCUCUGAAUUUUCUGGGGACAAGUUUCUUGCUAAAGUUAAAAUGGAGAUUGUGGUGAGAAAGGAGCAGGUGGAGGCUGUGGUUGAUAAGAUAAUUGAGGAGGCAAGGACCGGAGAGAUUGUGGUGCCUGUCUCUGAUGUCAUUAGAGUUCGCACAGGCGAGCGUGGAGAGAAAGCUGAGAGGAUGGUCGGAGGACAAUCUGACGUGUCCACUGCUGCAUAACCAGAUUUGCAUUGUCAGCAACGUUAGCUGCAGCUUACUCCAAUUGAAGUGUCAAAGCUGCAGCUGUCCUUAAUUUGUCGAAGCUUAUGAUAGUGUUAGUUGUCUAGCAUGUAUUAUCUCCUGCGAAUUAAAAUAAAGAUGAAGCAUCAAU